AAACGUCAAAAAAAUCGAUUUUGGUUCUAUCUGCGCGUGAUCUAUCACGGAUUGAUCGUUAUACACAUCGAUCGGAUUCUACGCUGUACUGUAAGUCUUGGUAUGUUCGCUAAUUUGGACCACAUUCUCCACUCUAAUCUCUCCUACGCUGCUGAUUCUGCUGCUGAUUCUGCUGCUGACUUUGCUGCUGACUCUGUUGCUGACUCUGCUGCUGUUGUUGUCCGCGGUCUUGCUGUUGUUGAUAACUUGGCCAUUGUCGGCGAUUUUGCUGUUGUUGUUGAUAAUUUGGCCAUUGUCGGCGAUUUUGCUGGUUGGGGUGUGGGCAGUUUUGCUGCUGGUAAUGUUGUUGUUGUUGCUGAAGCUGAGGCUGUCGCUGUUGCUGACCGUUUUGCUGAUGCGGGUGUGGACUAUUCUGCUGCUGCUGGUGCUGCUGCUGCUGCUGCUGCUGCUGCUGCUGUUGUUCCCGUUUCUGAAACAGCUCCUGCUGACGUUGAUCAUCUUUCUGUUUUUGCUGCUCAACCUGUUGCCGAAAUUGCUCCUGAGAUUGACGCUGAGGUGGAGGCCGAUACUGACGUUGCGGCGGAGGCGUGGGCGAAGGCGGAGGCGGAGGCAGUAGCUCUAGCCUUUGCUGUGGUUGACACUGCUGUUGUUGCUGUUCAUAAAGGUAUUGCGGAAGCUCCUGCAAUUGCGCUUGCACACACUCUGGCGUUGCGAACUUCGCGUUAACCCAGAACUGUUGGGAUGGGUCGUACCAUGAUUCAUCACCUUGGUGUCUCUGGUCUUUCUGGUAACGCCAACGGUACGCUCUCAUGAUAUCAGCCGGGUCUUGCUCCAUCGCGGUCUCCUUUCCAAAUGUUUCCGCAUGAUCACGCAGUAUCUUUCCCAUACCCCAAUGACAAGGCAUCUUGCCAUACUCGAAGCAAGAAUCAGCAAAUCGGCAGGGCGGGACUGACUUUGAACAGGCUGGUGACCAACAAGGCUCCAAUUCUGGGCACACAUGGUUCUCGAUUCGCACACUCAUAGCCAUCGAGUGCUCGAUA